UAGUACAGUUCAGGGCAUCUUCUUACCUGUGUGAGUGUGUUUCAUGUGUGUGUGUGUGUGUGUGUGGGGGUUAUGAGGAAGUCUGUGUGUGUUUGUGCGCUCACUUUAUCACUUUAAGAGUCACCGGCAAACACAAUUAAAGGAUUUGUUUCGAUUAAAGCUUCAGAGGAGUUGCACCGCCUUUCCACAUCAGAAAAGCUGAGAUCUGAUGCUUCCCGCCAUCACCAUGGAAACGGAGGCCAGUCACAUGCUGGAGGCGGCGCUGGAGCAGAUGGAUGACAUCAUCGCAGGUUCGAAAGCAGCAGCGGUGGAGUUCUCUAACAGCAUGUAUGACCUGGGUUCUCCCAUAAGCACCGGUCCUCUGCAGGUCGUCCAGUUAGCCGAGGACCUCAAACUCGCCUUGGAGCUCCAACCCAACCAGGAGGAGAGGGAGAGCCUGAGAGCGCAGCUACAGACAGAGACAGCACAGGCUCUCAUAAACUGGCUACAGAGUGGAGCCGUGAACCUGUGUUCUCCAGCCAACAAUGAAUCCUACCAAGAGCGACUGCUCCGCCUAGAGGGAGACAAGGAGUCUCUGGUGCUACAGGUGAGCGUUCUGACCGACCAGGUGGAGGCUCAGGGAGAGAAAAUCAGAGAUCUGGAAAGUUCUCUGGAGGAACACCGGCAGAAACUGGCCUCCACUGAGGAGAUGCUGCAACAGGAGCUGAUAAGCAGGACCUCUCUAGAAACUCAGAAGCUGGAUCUGAUGGACGAGGUGUCCUACCUCAAACUGAAGCUGGUUAGCAUGGAGGAGACGCACACCAACACACACCCACAAGAUCCUACGGACACAAAGCAGAACAAGGCUGAGGAUUUGUUACAAGAAGUGAAGCUGCUGAAAAGCAAAGUGGAGGAGUUGGAAGGAGAGAAGAGCCAAUAUGAGAGAAAACUAAGAGCAACCAAGGCUGAAAUCUCAGAGCUGCAGCAGCUCCUGGCCUCCAAAGACGCAGAGAUCGAGUGCCUGCAGACCCAGCUGCUGGUCAGAGACGGCACGGCCAAUGACAACGCAGAGAGAGACCAGGAAUACCAGAGGCUGAAGGUGGGGAUGGAGUCUCUGUUAGCUUCAAAUGAUGAAAAGGAUCGUCGUAUAGAGGAGUUGACCGUUCUGCUUGGCCAAUACAGAAAGAUGAGGGAAGUCAUGGCUCUCACUCAGGGGAGCAGUGAGGAGGAGCUGACUGGCAGUUUAAAACUCAAAGCCAUCACACACAAAGCACACUCAGAUAUCCUGAGGUCAGAGAUGUCGUCAAGAGGAUCUUCUCCACUUAUGUUAUCUUCAUCCCCUUACCAGAGAGAAUUGGACAUAAGUGUCCAGAACUCCAUGGACACGUCGCUGGUGUCGUCCGGAGAAACAAGCUUCUUAAACGGAUCGUGGCAUCAGCGCAGGUUGCUGUCCAGCAGUCUUGAAGAGUUACAGAGUGGAUCUUUACAAAAGAAUCCUCAAAUGGAGCUGAGCAAGUACCAGACUCUGCCGGGGAAACUGAGUAAGAAGAGUGAGCUGAGGGUUGAGCUGAAUGGAGACGGAGAGUAUUUAUCUCCCGUCCAGCUCUCUCCUGUUCACAGCAACGACCAGGGCUACAGACUGAGGCCUCCAGAGAAGCUGGAGGAGAGCGUCCUUUCAGACCAGUCUCCCCUGUCCUCUGGAGUGGACUCUGGACAACAGUCGCCUGUCUCACCAGAGAACAGGAAGACUCACAGAGGCAUUAAGAAACUCUGGGGGAAGAUCCGCCGCAGCCAGUCAGGUAGUCCUGUCCAGGUCCACGACCCAGAGCUGGGAGAGUUCAAGAGGGGAGGCUUCAGAGCCACAGCUGGGCCACGACUGGCUCGUCCAGGGAACACACGAGACCUGAAGAUGCCUUUUUCCAAGUGGAGCUCGGAGCAGGUGUGUGACUGGAUCGAGGACAUUGGACUCAGUCAGUACAGCGUCCUCGCUCGCCAGUGGGUCACCAGCGGUCAGACUCUACUGUCGGCCACCCCGCAAGACCUGGAGAAGGAGAUGGCAAUGAAGAAUCCGCUCCACAGGAAGAAGCUCCAGUUAGCCAUCAAGACGCUGAGCAGCAAGCAGCCGGAGAAGUCCGCAGAGCUCGAUUACGUCUGGGUCACUCGUUGGCUCGAUGACAUCGGACUCCCUCAGUACAAAGAUCAGUUUAAUGAAGGAAGAGUGGACGGACAGAUGCUGCAGUACCUCACUGUGAAUGACUUGUUAUUCCUAAAAGUGACGAGCCAGCUCCAUCACCUCAGCAUCAAGUGCGCCAUUCAUGUCCUCCAUGUCAACAAGUUUAACCCUAACUGCCUCAAACGCAGGCCCAGCAAUGAGAACCAGUUCACUCCCAAUGAGGUGGUCCAGUGGUCCAACCACCGAGUUAUGGAGUGGCUGAGAUCAGUGGACCUGGCGGAGUACGCACCAAACCUGAGGGGCAGCGGCGUGCAUGGAGGCCUGAUAAUGCUGGAGCCUCGGUUUAACUCCGACACGAUGGCGAUGCUCCUGAACAUCCCUCCUCAGAAAACACUGCUGAGACGCCACCUAACCACCAACUUCAACAGUCUGGUGGGAGAACAGGCACAGCAGGAGAAGAGGGAGUACACUGAGGCGGUGGGUUACACCCCACUCAGCAUCACGGCCAAAGUUAAGCCAAAGAAGUUGGGCUUCUCUAACUUGACUCACCUCAGGAGAAGACGACCGGACGAAUCCACGGAUUACGUCUGUCCCAUCGAGUCGUCCUCCCCACAGUCGGGACAGUCUGUGGUGAACGGGGUGCAGAUGCGUCCCUACGCCGGCUUCAGAGGCCUGAGUCCCAUCCUGGACAGAGAGCCCGACCGCUCCAGGGAGCAGGUGGGGCUCGACGACAGCAGACCUGACCCAUCUCCAUGACAACAGCUUUAACAACGACAUGGCGAUAACGUGUCAACACCAUGGACGGCUAUGUUGUCAUGCUUUCAAUCAGCUGCCACUGCUACUGCUCUGCUUCCUUUGCUUGCGGCCCAUAAUACCUCAGUCCAUCCCCUCCCUGCUCUUUUGAACCCCGCACAUCAGCCCGACCCUGUGCCUUACUCCUGAAGAGAUUCAGAGACGCCCAGAUAAACCUGCCUGACUGUUUCACAGUCACAGCUGCUUGUCAUGAAGGGUGUACUGAAACGAUGAAUCUAGCACACUUGAAGCAUUUUGAUUUCAUUUCCAGUCAGAUGCCUAACUAACCCGACCUCAGCCUCAAACCUGUGCCAUGAUCUAAUUCAUCAGGACUCUUCCUGUGACAUCACUUCCUGUAAUCCAUACAGUAUAUAUGGACAUCUCUUGUUGUACAGUAUUAAGCCUUUGUUCUAACAUUUGUGCAUCGCCUUUAGAUGAUUUUAUAUGUGUGUGUGAGUCAGUCGCAUAAUUUUACUAUUGAUUUUUCAGUUUGAAUCCAGCUCUGUCACAUGGUUGAAAUGAACUUGUGCAAUAUUUGCAUAAUUAUAAUGGAGGGAUUUUAUUUAAUAUUUAUAUAAUUGCAGAGCCAAUUAUAAAAUAGCAUGUAUUGUUUGAAGCCUGAGGUGGUGAUUUUGUACUGUUAUUUUCAUAUUUGACUGUAAUAGUAUUUUUAUAGUAAUGAAAAUCCUGCCCCACAAAAGGAAGCGUACAUGUGCUCAUGUAAAUGUCAAAAAAAAUUAUCAAAUCAUUUAAUAAACAAAAUCAUA